GCUCCAGCAAGCGCGCUGUUUGGGAGACAAAUACGAGCCAGCCGAGGCAGCGUACGCCGACUCGCUCGCAAGCCCGAGGAACCAGUUUCGUGCAGGACGUCCGCGGUGUCGUCGCGCAUGUUUGCGUUCGGUCGACCUGUGUCUCGCCUGCCGCCAGCGGGCCGUAACCGCGUGCGGAUGUUUAUUCAUUCCGUACCAAAACUGUAAAAACCGACUCUCCGCUGUGCAGGUGUGUGUGCAUGUGCGAUUGUGUGGUAUCUCUUCACGAUAAAGCAUACAAUAAAAUAAAUAAAAACUUUGUUCGCAAAACGUGUUUAAUCCCCAAUUUUGAACAUAAAUAUGUGAUAUUGUUUUUAAAUAAUAAAAAUUAUUAGUAUGUGUUUCUAAAAGUUUGUUGGAGGACGUUUCUACCUGAAUUUGGGAUUAUUUUCUAAUUAAUACUCAAUGUGGAGGAGAAUGAAGUCAUAAAGAUGGACUGGUUUAAACGUCGAACGUAAAAUGUGAAAUCAUGACUAGGAGGCAUCGAGGAAACCCUUCAGUAUUUGCGCAAUCGCAUUCUCGAACUUGUGACAGUUUGCACGCGACAUAAAGGUUGGUCUUCGUAUACGAUGAGCUGAAAUAGGAUGCAUUCGAGCGCAGUCGCCUGUUGCCUCCUGGUGAUCGCGCUGUUGGCCCAGGCCGGCUCCAACGAGGCGCCCACACAUCAAAUCCAUCAUGCGGCUCUCACCUCUCCGGAUGAGUUCCGUUUCACCAGUCGCUCCUACAACGUCAGUAUACCGGAGAACAGCGUUGCGAAAACGUACGCGACGUCGGCGCCCGGCCACGGCCGUGUUGGCAUCCCCAUAGCACAUCCUAACGGCCUCACCGAGGUGCGCUUCAAAAUCGUGGCCGGUGAUAAGGAUAAGUUUUUCAAAGCCGAGGAUCGUCUAGUGGGGGAUUUUUGCUUUCUGUUUAUACGGACGCGAACCGGGAAUAAUGACGUGCUCAACCGCGAACGAAAAGAUAAGUACUUUCUGGAGGUGCGUGCUACCGCCACCCGGCGUGACAAUAAGCAGAAACUCGUGCUGGAGGCCACCACCACUGUCAUCGUCACCGUACUCGACACCAACGAUCUCAACCCCUUGUUCUAUCCAGUCGAGUACAACGCAACUGUGUUCGAGGAUACGCCUGUGCAUCAGAGCGUGCUACGAGUGCUGGCCGAAGAUGCUGAUCUGGGCCGGAACGGAGAGAUUUACUACAGUUUUGCGGAGGAGACGGAUCAGUUUGCUGUCCAUCCCAUGUCAGGAGUGAUAUCCCUCACGCGCCCACUGCGGUACAAUGAAGGCACAUAUCAUGAACUCACUGUUCUUGGACAGGAUAGAGGCGGAGUGUUUCGGGCGUUGGGCACCUCCACCAUGAGUAAAGCUAUGGUACGCAUUCGUGUUAAGAAGGUCAAUCUUUACUCACCCGAAAUACGGGUCAAGCAACAUCCACAAAUUGUGGAAAAUUCUAAUGCCGAUAUCUACGCCAUAGUCAAUGUGUCCGACCGCGAUAGUGGUAUCCACGGAGAAAUUAGAAGUCUAGAGAUAGUUGAUGGUGACCCCGAUGGCCACUUCCGCAUUAGACCCACGUCCCAACCGGGAGAAUUUAACAUCGAAGUGCUCAAACUUCUCGAUCGUGAACGUACGCCACAAGGGUAUAACCUUCAAUUGCGUGCGGUCGAUCGAGGUAUUCCGCCGAAAGAGAGUUAUAAGGCUGUGCAGGUGCGUCUGACGGAUCUCAACGACAAUGCGCCUGUUUUCAACAAGGAGAUCUACGAGGUGAAGGUACCGGAAGUGGCGCCGGUGAACACGCCAUUGAUAAGACUGAAAGUCACUGAUGCUGACGAAGGAAAGAACGCACAGGUCUUCCUCGAGAUUGUAGGCGGAAACGAGGGUGGCGAGUUUCACAUCAAUCCGGAAACGGGCAUGCUCUACACCGCUGUUGGACUCGAUGCUGAAGUGAAGGCAUUUUAUAGUUUAACGGUUUCAGCCAUAGAUCAAGGAAAUGCCGGAACUAGGAAACAGUCAUCGGCCAAGGUGAAAAUAUACGUGGAAGAUACCAACGAUAACGAUCCCAUUUUUGAUCGUGCCGAGAUGACUGUCUGGAUUGAUGAGAAUAUGCCAUCGGGGACGAGUGUCACCACGGUGCAUGCGAAAGAUAAAGAUCGCGGUGAGAAUGCAUACAUUUCUUAUCUGAUUGCAAAUCUCGGCAAGGUUCCAUUUGAGGUUGAUCAUUUCUCCGGGGUCGUAAAGACCACCGCACUCUUGGAUUACGAACGAAUGAGGAGGGAAUAUGUCCUGCGAGUGCGAGCAUCCGAUUGGGGAUUACCGUACCGGAGGCAGACCGAAAUGCAGCUUACUGUCAAGGUUAAAGACGUUAACGAUAAUAGGCCGCAAUUCGAACGGGUUGAUUGCAAGGGCCAUGUCCCUCGCUACAUUCCAAUCGGUAGUGAAAUUAUUACUCUCUCGGCAAUUGAUUUCGACGCGGGGAAUAUUAUCUCCUACCAAAUCGAGUCAGGUAAUGAAGAUGGUUGUUUCAGCAUCGACACCACCAGUGGGUCCAUUACGGUGAGCUGCGAUCUUAAUGAUGUUGGUGUCAAUGAACGCGAAUUGAAUGUCACCGCCCGCGACGGUUUGCAUUUUGCAGACCAGGUACGUGUUUCCUUUCAGCUGGUGAAAGGCAAACGUAAAGCUGUGCUCACCGACGAAGCAGGAUAUUUUGAUUGUAAAGAGACUGGUGUAACGCGUCGUCUUACGGAAGUGUUAGCGGCGGCAGAGAACAACAACCGUCCGCCGGCGCAGGAAGAGUUUGCAAUGAUGCCGACGCGUUACGGACAGAACGUGCACACACCGGAAUUCAUCGACUUCCCCGUCGAGAUUAAAGUAAACGAAUCGGUGGCGCUCGGCACGACGCUCAUCAAACUGCGCGCCCGUGACAGGGACCUGGGAUAUAAUGGCAAACUGAUUUACGGCAUUUCCGGCGGGGACGAGCACAGCGUGUUCUGCCUGGACAUGGACAGCGGGGAAUUGAAAGUGAUUGGCUAUCUGGAUCGAGAACGCGAAGUCGAAUAUCUGCUCAAUGUAAGCGUCUAUGAUUUGGGUAAACCACAAAAAUCCGCAUCCCGAAUACUGCCGAUUACCGUACUGGAUGUCAACGACAAUGCUCCGAAGUUUGAGAAGUCUCUUGCUAGUUUUCGUGUGACGGAAAACGCGAUGAAUGGCACGACAAUUUUCAGAGCGAAUGCGACUGAUGCGGAUGCCGGAGACAACGCUAGAGUUACGUAUUCGUUAGUGACGGACACAAAGGACUUUUCGGUGAACAAGUUUACCGGUGUGCUCAUGGUAUCCAAUCCGCUGGAUCGCGAACGUCAAGAGGUUUACGAGCUGCACAUACGCGCGACGGACGGCGGCGGAAAAGGACCGGACAACCCACCGCUCUUCUCGGAGGCUUUAGUUCGUAUUACAGUCGACGAUAUUAACGACAACGCGCCCAAGUUCAACCUGCCUACUUACACAGUAAAAAUCAGAGAGGAUAUACCUAAGGGCAGUGUUGUCGCGGUGGUUUCAGCCUCCGAUCCGGAUCUGGGUCCGGAGGGGGAGAUCGUGUAUUCGUUAGAGGAUAGUGACAGUGAUGGUACUUUUAAGAUUGACCGACUUUCGGGGACUAUUCGGACUACUAAGCCUUUGGACUUUGAGGAGCGGCAAGUGCACAGCUUGAUGGUGUUCGCGACCGAUUGUGGCAAUCCUGCUCUCUCGUCCGAGACCAGUGUGACGGUGAAUGUGGUGGACGUGAACGAGAACCUCUAUGCGCCGCAUUUCGCUGACUUUGUGUUAGCGGGCGCCGUGUCCGAAAAUUUACCUAUCGGGAGUGUGGUGAUGCAGGUGAACGCGACAGAUCCGGAUGGGAAGGGCGAGGACGGCCGCAUUGAGUAUUCUAUACGCGACGGCGACGGGAUUGGCAUAUUCAGCAUUGAUAAUACAGGCACAAUUCGAACGCUCUCGAUGCUCGACUACGAAACGAAAACGCAUUACUGGCUCACCGUUUACGCUCAGGAUCACGGUGUUGUACCUUUAUACAGCAGUGUUGAGGUGUACAUCGACGUGAUCAACGAGAAUGAUAAUGUGCCACUGAGCGAGAAGGCGGUCUACUAUGCGAGCGUGCUUGAGGAUAGUCCUGAGGGAACGCCGGUGGCGCAAAUCAGCGCUACCGACCGGGACGCCGAUCCCAAGCAGCGCAUCACCUACACGAUCAUUGGUGGGAAUCCGGAAGGAUUCUUCACUAUUAACACCAACAACGGAAAUAUCACAACGACUGUACGACGGCUCGACAGAGAGACGCAGGAUGAACACAUCCUGGAGGUGCAUAUUUCGGAUAAUGGCACGCCUGCAUUACAUUCGACUACUCGAGUGGUAGUGACUGUGGUAGACGUGAACGACAAUGCGCCCGAAUUCCAAGAGACUUUCUACAAGAUGCAAGUGCCAGCGCUUGCGGGAAUACAAAACGACCAAAACUUCCAACCCAUUGAUAUUGACGAAAACGAUGAGGAAGGUUCAUCAUUUCAGAAUGACACGCCCAGUUUUGAUGACUUCGACGGAGCGGAUGCAAACGAAGAAGAUUGGGAGCGUUUCACUGCAUCUGAUGUGGAAGGACUUGAUCCUGUCGUACAAGUUCUAGCAUUCGACAAGGAUAUCGGACGGAAUGCCGAAAUUCAAUACAGCAUCAAAUCUGGCAGGGGCAAAACCAAAUUUAAGAUUCAUAAUUCGACUGGAAUGGUCUAUGCACAUCCGGGUUUCCAUCAAGGAGAAGAAUAUGAGUUACACGUACGCGCUACAGAUGGUGGCGGCAAGUCCGCCACGUGUCGCAUUGCUAUCAGUACAAUAACAAUUCCUCAAAAAUCCAAGCAUCACGUGCCUGUUAUAAACGCACAGACGCAGAUGAUACAGGUAACUGAAAGCGAUGAAGUUGGCUUCCAUGUUGGAUUGGUGCAAGCGACGGAUGGGGACAAUGACACUCUUUGGUACGACAUUGUUGGCGGAGAUCCACGCAAUGAAUUCUACAUUGGUCGCGAUAAUGGUAAUCUAUUGUUGGCGAAGCAGCUCGAUUACGAAAUGCAACGUGAAUAUAUUUUAAACGUGAGCGUUAGUGAUGCGGUGCAUACCACCUACGGCACCAUCAAGAUUAACGUGCUGGAUAUCAACGACAAUAUGCCCGAGUUUAGCAGUUCUCUGUACAAAGUGGAAAUUUCUGAGGCAGUCGCCGUGGGCACAGAAAUCUUGAAACUAAAAGCCACUGAUAAAGACAAGGGCGGCAAGCUUAUUUAUACUAUGCAUGCGGCGAGAAAUAACGUCUCAUUAUAUGUAUUUUCUGUUGACUCAAUCACGGGUGCCAUAACGCUCGCGGAUAGUUUAGACCGCGAAACACUCGCGGAUCAUUUACUCACCGUGAUGGUCCGCGAUGGCGGCACUCCAGCGAAGCGUAACUAUGCCCGCGUGCAGAUUAUCGUCCACGAUCAGAACGAUCACAUUCCGCAGUUCUCGGAGCAAAUUCUGGUCGGAAAAGUAUACGAAUCGGCGGCGGUUGGGAGUGCUGUACUCCGUGCCUUUACGGUGGACCACGACAAGGGUGAGAACGCACGCGUUACGUACUCAAUCACCACUGGGAAUGUUGGUAACGUCUUCAGCAUCGACCCGGACAUGGGCAUCAUACGCGUAGCACGCGAGUUGGAUCUGGCCACUGCCACAGAGUAUACGUUGUACAUUAAAGCAACAGACCACGGCCAACCACCGCUUUCAGCUACCGUCCCAGCUCACAUUAUGCUCACGAUGGCUGAUAACGCACCGCCUAGAUUCGUCGAGAAGGAAGUCGCCGCUGAGAUUUAUGAGAACAAGCCACUCGGCAGCUACGUUGCGCACUUAAACGUGCGUAGCACUUCUUCUCUGCAGUACGAUAUUUUAGAGGGAAACACCGAUGAUGCUUUUCUUAUCAGUCCGAGUACGGGCGUUAUUAUUACGCAGAAAUUGUUAGACUACGAGACCACCAAGUUUUAUAAUCUUACUGUGAUAGCUGUCAAUAUGGCAAGCGCAUCUGCCAAAUGCAAUGUGAUCGUUCAUAUUCUUGAUAAGAACGAUAACGCCCCACAGUUCCUACAAGCGGUGUACACGGGCACCAUACCUGAAUCAGCCUCGAUUGGUUCGCUAAUUUUGACCAACACUAGUGAUCCAUUGGUUAUCAAAGCAUUGGACGCUGAUUCCGAAGUGAACGCGUUGUUGCACUACGACAUUGUUGAAAUCUUACCGCGUCAGUACUUCCAUAUCGACGCCAACACAGGCGCUAUACGCACAACGCGUCUUCUAGAUUACGAAGCUUUCCAGAAGUUUACCUUCCAUGUCCAGGUCUCGGACAAGGGCAAACCACGUUUGUCUUCUGAAACUACCGCUCGUGUGGACAUUGCCAUCACUGACAUCAAUGAUUGCCCACCGAAAUUUACAAACUCCUACUACAAUGUCACACUGCUUCUACCUACAUAUAAAAACGUAGCUGUUGUUCAACUGAAUGCCACUGAUCCUGAUAGUCCCUCAAAUACCAAACUACGCUACGACAUUUUAGACGGUAACAAAGCUGGCAUCUUUGGUAUUGAUGCUAAGAGUGGACUAAUUACCGUGUUAGAUCCCGAUAACAUGAAGUCAACACACAAGCUGCAAGUACGUGUUUCCGAUGGCAAGUUUUCAAGCGUCACCAAGAUCUACAUCCGAGUUGAGCAAUCUGAGAAUUCAGGCUUAAUAUUCCAAAAGGCUAGUUAUGAAGGGUCUAUUAUGGAGAAUGUCACUAAACCGGCAACAGUAUGUGUGGUGAAUGUUCUCGGCAGUGCAUUAAAUGAACACCUCGAAUUUCGCAUCCUGAAUCCGACGAAUUUGUUCAAAAUCGGUUUGACAUCCGGAGUGAUACACACCACCGGGGUGCCGUUUGAUCGCGAGACAAAGGAACAUUAUGAGCUUAUUGUAGAAGCGCGCAGUGCGUCACCAGACCGUGAACGGCCACGGGUGGCUCAUGUUAUCGUCAACGUCACGGUAAUGGACCAAAACGACAAUUGCCCAAUGUUCGUCAAUCUACCUUAUUAUGCCGUUGUGUCAGUCGAUGACAAACGCGGCAGCAUUAUCGCCAAAGUGCACGCCAUCGAUAUGGAUAGCUUUGAUAAUGGCGAAGUGCGUUAUGAGCUUAUCAAAGGACACGGUGAACUUUUCAAAGUGCAGCGAGAAAGUGGCGACAUUGAAAUUAAGCAAAGCUUAGAGGGCCACAAUAGGGAAUAUGAAUUACUUAUUGCAGCUUAUGAUAAAGGAAUGACCCCAUGCCGUACGGAUGUGACGGUUCAUGUGAAGGUCAUCGAUCGGUCGAUGCCUGUCUUCAAGAAGCAAUUCUAUUCCGAGUCGAUACCGGAAAACUUCGAGUUGCAUUCGCCGCUAGCGUUAGCCGUGCAGGCCGAAUCUCCGCUGGGUCGUAAAUUAAUUUACAGCAUCGUCAAGGGAAACGAACUGGAGGAGUUUGCGCUGGACUUCAAUACAGCUCCAGACAGUAACAAUGGUCCUUGUGUAAUUUCCGUUGUCGAUGAACUCGACUAUGAAGAGCAACAGCAGUACGAAUUAAUUGUACGAGCGACUGAUUCGGUCUCGGGCGUUUAUGCCGAAGUUCCUGUCUCGGUGGUUCUGGAAGAUGUAAAUGACUGUCCGCCCGAAUUCACACAGGAGAGUUACAACGUUUCGAUCUCUGAGGCGGCACCCUUUGGUACACCAAUUUUAACAGUUGUCGCGAACGACAACGACACCGGAAUUAAUCAGAAAAUCACCUAUUCUAUCAAGAAGGACUUGCAAAAUAGUACCGAUAUAUUUCACAUUGAUCCAACCGAAGGAACGGUCUUUUUGAAGCAGAGUUUAGACCAUGAGACAGCUCACAGUCAUCAUUUUGUUGUCGUGGCGACGGAUCAUGGAGUCCCAAGCUUGUCUAGCACCUCACACGUGUGGCUUCAAGUUGUGGAUAUGAAUGAUAAUGCGCCCAAGUUUGAGCAGCCUUCAUAUUUCUGUGGAAUAUCCGUAUAUGCAAAACGCGAUCAAUUUGUUACCAUCGUAACAGCGAGUGAUCCAGAUGCCGAGGAUCAAAACCGUCUGCGUUAUACGAUUGUCGCUGGCAACGAACAACAAACAUUCAGCAUGGAGCCAGACACCGGAAUUAUCUCAUUGACCAACUUGGCCAAUUUCGGCGAGCAGAAACAUAUGAUUCUCAACGUGUCUGUCUCGGACGGUGUGUAUACAAAUUUCGCUCGAGUCAAAGUUGAACUGCUUCCGGCAAACUUGCACUCCCCGGUCUUCCCGGAUGUACUGAUGGACGUGCAGGUGCUAGAGAACAAACCCACCAACUCGUUUGUUGUGGAAGUUAAAGCCCUGGACGGUGACUUUGGGGACUUUGGCGCCAUCACCUACUCUAUUCACUCGGACCUCCUGGGUGAAACCUUUGCCAUCGAUAAGACGAGCGGCCGCAUUACGACUAAAGCUCGCCUGGAUCGAGAAAAGCAGCGCACAUACGAGAUUCCUGUGAUGGCGACGGACGGUGGCGGACGCAGCGGCUUCCUCACCGUGCGUGUCAGUGUCAUGGAUGAAAACGACAACGCGCCCAAAUUCCAUCUGCGCGAAUAUAAGGCCAGCGUGCCGUCCAACUACAACAUAGGCACGUCGUUUGUGCACGUGCGCGCCGCCGAUCCGGACGAGGGAUUAGCCGCCAGAUUACUCUACUCGAUUUAUGAAGAUAAAUCGUCCGGCGUCACCGACAUUUUCGCGAUCGAUCCCAAAGAGGGCGGCAUCUCGCUGGCUCGCAACGCCGCCAAAUACGAGGGACAAGUUUUCCAAUUUUUCGUUCGAGCAACGGAUAGGGGCGAACCAAAGCGACAUGCCGACGUGCCUGUGAACAUACUCAUUAUGGGACCAAAGGAUCGCCCGCCGAUUUUCGAACGCAAGGAUGACAAGUUCUUCUACUCCGAGAAUUCCGUUACCGGCACGGUGAUUGCUCGCCUCAAGAUGGUUUCCAAUGUUUCGGUCACGUAUAAAAUCAUCUCGGGGUCCGAGGACGAGCCACAAUUUGUCGUCAACGCACAAGGGCAGGUAGCAUUGGCCCGGCCGCUCGAUUUUGAAGCACAAGUUUCGCAUCUGAUUGGAAUACUUGCCGAAACUGAAUCAAGUCCACCGUUAACCGCGUUGUGUGAAAUUUCCGUCCAAGUUUUAGACGAGAACGACCAUUCACCGCAAUUUGAGAGCAAUCCCUACAUAUUGAAUUUAGCCGAAAACGUUGUGGAAGGCACUUCAAUAUUGAAAGUUAUUGCUCAUGAUAAAGAUCAGGGAAGCAACGGUGAGGUGCGCUAUAGUUUCGGCAGCGAUUCUGGCGAGGCAAUGAAUGUCUUUGCCAUUGACGCCUUCACUGGUUGGAUCACGACACUUGUCUCUCUUGAUAAGGAGGCCAAGGCCGAGUACAAGUUUCACGUGAGCGCAACAGACAAUGGCAGUCCUAAAUAUUCCGCGCACACAUCAGUUUUCGUUCGACUCAAGGAUUACAAUGACAGCCCCCCGCAAUUCAAGAAGAAGUUCUAUCAAACUGCAGUGCCUGAAGACGCCCUGCCUGGCACGGUUGUUUCCCUGCUUGAGAUCACCGAUGCUGAUAUUGAUCUGAAUACACCCGUGGAGUUCUAUAUUACUGCCGGCGACCCGGGCUCCCAGUUCCAAAUUCGACAAACAGGCGAGUUGUACGUGGUCAAGGAUCUGGAUCGCGAGACGGUGCCGGAUUACGAUCUGAAUAUCCUUGUCACGGACGGACUCUUUGCCGAUAAUACGCACGUGUCGAUUAAGGUACUGGACGCAAACGACAAUCCACCGUAUUGUUUGAAGUACCGAUACAAACAGAUUCUCAGCGAGGGCAUUCUUCCCGGCUCUCUGGUGCUGAACGUGCUCGCCAACGAUAUUGAUGAACAAGAGCAUUCGCGCCUUCGCUAUAUCCUUACCGGCGACAGCUCCGAUCACUUCUCACUUGACAAAGACACCGGCUAUCUUAAAACUAUCACCCAUCUGGACAGAGAGAAAGUGAGUAAGUACUUGUUAACUGCGCAUGUGCAAGAUAGAGAACACCCGGAAUGGGAGUGUUCCUCGCAAAUUGAACUACUCGUCUCCGAUCUAAAUGACAAUCCGCCAAGGUUCACUUUGCCGAAUUAUUCGGUUAGCCUGGCAGAAGACGUGGAAGUGGGUACACUGGUAACUAAAGUGCAUGCUACCGAUGCGGAUAUUGGUAUAAAUCGAAAACUAAAAUAUGCGUUCAUUGAUUCCUACAACAACCACUUUAAAAUUUCAUCUGAUAGUGGCAUCAUUACUUUGGCCAAGCCAUUGGACAGAGAAUUAAAGGCACUGUACAAUCUCACCGUACAAGCGACCGACCAGGGUACACCACAGCAAGCCAGCAUUGCUUCUUUAAUCAUAAACGUUCAGGAUAUUAAUGAUAAUCCGCCUGAAUUUGCUUCGAAAUAUUACUACGCGGUGGUGCCGGAAAUUGACGCUGUUGGCACGGAAGUAGUGCGAGUUCUUGCCACAUCGAAGGACACUGGCGUGAAUGCUGAUAUCUAUUAUUCUAUUAUCGGCGGUAAUGAACAUAAAAAGUUUGCUAUUGACAGACAAUCGGGAGUAAUGACAAUUGCGGAAAUGUUGGAUUUCGAGCGCGCACGUGAUUAUUUCCUCACAAUUCAAGCCGUCGAUGGAGGUAUUCCUCCUUUAAGCAAUGUUGCAACGGUUAAUAUCACGGUAGUUGAUUGCAAUGACAACGCGCCUAUUUUUGCCCAAAGCGGAUAUACUGCAAGAAUACGUGAAGACGCCCAGAUCAAUGAUAAGAUCCUGCAAGUGUCUGCAACUGAUCUGGAUAGCAACGACAAUGGCCGCGUUGAAUAUUCCAUCUUGAAAGGUGACAACCACGAACAGUUUGUAAUCGACCCCGAAAGCGGGUACAUUUCAGUGGCGAACCGUUUAGAUCGUGAGGCAAUUUCUAUUUAUGUCCUUGAAGUCAUCGCUAAGGACAAUGGCAUUCCUGUUCUGUCUCGACAGGUUAAUGUGAACAUCGAGAUAUCUGACGCGAACGACAAUCCGCCGACAUUCUCCCAAACUAAUUACUCAUGCGUGAUACAAGAAGACAAACCUAUCGGUUAUCCGAUUAUCAAAUUCCUCAUCACCGAUAACGACACCGAUCCGAAUACCAAACCGUACACGUAUGAUUUCCUGACGGGUAACGAAGGAAAUAUUUUCCGCUUGGAGCAGGAUGGAAUUCUACGCACAGCCACCAAAUUUAAUCACAAAAUUAGAGACACCUACUUGUUGCAAAUUCGUGUGUUUGAUAACGGAUCGCCUCCACUGUACUCGGACGCGUGGGUUGUCGUUAAAGUCAUCGAAGAAUCGCAGUAUCCUCCAAUAAUCACACCGCUUGAAAUAAACAUCAAUUCUUAUUUGGACGAGUACCCAGGUGGCGUUAUCGGAAACGUGCAUGCAAACGAUCAGGACAAAUACGACAUUCUGACGUAUUCGCUCUCGCCGACAAUGGGCAUAAAUUAUCCUACACAGGAAUACUUUAAAAUUGAUCGCACGAACGGCACACUCACGGCGUUGCCGCGCCUCGAUGUUGGAGAUUAUCGCCUUAAUGUGUCUGUCACGGACGGCAAAUAUUACGCGCAUACGAUCGUCAAAAUAAAUGUGGAAAUCGUCACAGAAGAAAUGCUUGCCAACGCGGUCGCCAUACGCUUCCGUGAGUUAAGCCCCGAAGCUUUUGUUCUUAGUCAUCGCAAAGGGUUUGUCCGCGCCGUACGCAACGCAAUGAAUUCAAAGCUUAAGGACGUCGUUAUUGUCAGCGUCCAGCCUGCCAACGAUCACCUCAUGGAUCUACGCGCCAAACGGCAUAUAGUAGUCGAAAAAGAUCUCGAUGUGUUACUAACAGUGAGAAAACCCGAGCAUGGUUUUUAUCCAGCUGACGAACUGCGUAAAGCUAUGAAUGACCAUCUCGGGGAACUGGAAGACUCGACAAAAUUAGUUGUGGAGGAAAUUGUGCGCUUGAAAUGCACGAACAACUAUUGCAUUAACGGCGAGUGUCAAGAUCGAUAUGUGUUGGACACAUCGAAAAUAAAACCAAUUUCAACAGAAAUUACCAGCUUUGUAUCGGCCCAACAUGAACAACGAUUAGAAUGCAUCUGUAAUCUUGGAUACGGUGGGGAUCGAUGCGAUACAAUCGUCAACAAGUGUGCUCGAGACCCUUGCCCAACGUUUAAAAUUUGCGUCCCCGAUGCCUCCAAUCAGGAAUACUCCUGCUUGUGCCCGCCUGGAUAUGCUGGAGCUACUUGCGAAGUUGAUAUUUCGAAUUGCCAUGAUGAAACGUGCUAUAUUGCGAGAAAUCCGAUCAGCUUUAGUGGAAAGAGUUACUCGCAAUAUAGAAUUAUCAACAAAAAGUCUAUUGAAGAUCAGCUUAGCUUAAGUUUGCGAAUAAGAACUCUGCAACCGACUGGCAAUCUAAUGUAUGCAUCCGGUAAAGUGGACUAUAACAUUCUGGAACUUGUGAAUGGCGCUGUGCAGUAUCGUUUUGAAUUGGGAAGCGGUGAAGGCGUAGUACGGGUGAGCGCAUCUAACAUUUACGUAUCAGAUGGAAAAUGGCAUGAAAUUAGAUUGGAACGCGAGAAAAACAGCGCGAGACUAACGGUCGAUGGCAUACAUACAGCGCAAGGCUCCGCACCGGGUGUGAGCGACAUCUUGAAUCUGCAGGGCGACCAAAUUUAUUUGGGCGCUGAAGUUCAUCAACAUCCUUCUAUUCUUGGGUUCGAAGAUGUGCAGCGAGGAUUUUCGGGCUGUAUGGAUGACGUGCGCAUUUCACGAGUUUCAGUGCCUCUGCAUAAGAGCGGCGAUAGUAGCGUGGCAGUUUUGAAACGGUUUGCUAAUGUCGAGUUUAGUUGUGAUGCUUCGGCGGUCAUAAAACCACUAGGGGCGUGUGGAUCACAACCAUGCAUGAACGGUGGCACUUGUAAAGAAUCGCUGACACCAAUUGGAGGGUACGAGUGUUUGUGCCAUGACCGUUAUAAGGGUACGCUCUGUGAAAUGGAUUCGAAUCCAUGCGCUUCAAUUCCGUGUCUCUAUGGUGGCAAAUGCAUACCAAAGUUAGGUGAUUAUUCCUGCGAUUGCCUCUUCUCUAUGUCCGGUAAGCGAUGCGAGUACGGCCGUUAUUGCAAUCCAAAUCCUUGUAAAAACGGCGGCGUUUGUGAAGAGGGUGAUGAUGGACCACUCUGUAAGUGCCGUUCCUUCACCGGCGAACAUUGCGAGUUUGACCUGGAUGAAUGUCAAUCAGCUCCUUGCUUGAAUGGCGGGCAAUGUAUUAAUGAAGUUGGGUCGUUCCGAUGCAUUUGCCCACAAAACACCACUGGUACACAAUGCGGCAAUCCUCUACCCUCGACAACCCUAAUAAUAUCCCCUAAUUUUAACAUCACCAUGGACCAGUUCUACAUAUUUGUCGGAUGUUUUAUUCUUUUGCUGUUGCUUACUACAAUUUGCAUCUGCUGUAUGGUUUGCCGCUGUAAGCGAAAUCGCCGCCAUCGUGGAGCGAAUGAACCCACAAAGAACGUCGUGUUGAAUUCCAAUCGACAUGAUCAUGGUGACGUCAAGCGCAGCUCCAAAAUGAGCAAUCUUGAUGUGAACCAUCAUCACCGGGAACCACCAGCGGGUAUGCGACCACUAUCAUUCACACCCAGCUCAAACGACCCUUACACGACAAAUUGCACUCCAGUUUACAACAAUCUCGACACCUUGAGGAGCUAUGGUAGUGCCGGCGACGAGCUAGAGAACUUCCCCCCGGACUAUGUCAAGAAUUUAAACCGAGCCCAACCAGUAGGCGGUGUGAGCAAUCACUGUGAACCGGAGAAAACUACCUGGGCCACACAGAUGCAACUUAGUCAUACGAAUCUCAGUGACAAAUCCAAAAUUAAGAACGAUCUCAAAAUGGACAACCACAAGGAGGCGCCCAGCCGCAUGUACGGUGGUCGUUCCGCCAAUCCUGCCGGCCAUUAUCAUCAACAUCACGCAUCGUCGCGGCGACGAGGUCAGGGCGGCGAGCCGCCGGAGGACGUCGCCAGACACACGGGCACUUACGCGUGGGACUGUUCAGAUUGGGCCAGCCAGCCUCUGCAGAAAAUCACCGAGGUGAACGGCAGCGAGGUGCACGACUCUUCCAGCUUCCACAGCAAUGAAAGCAACGAGUCACGCUGCCAUUCGGCGCAAAUGAGGCUUGGUGCGCUCUCCGAGGACGUCGAGUCCAGCAUGAACGCGCUGGACAGCGGCAACGAAUUUUUACGUAUCACCACAGUGCCUUUUAUAGUGAAGCCAAAUUAUACGCGUCAUCCGAACUCCUACCUGCCAGAUCAUUCAUUCAAUAUACCCAGCGAAGUCGACUGUUUACCCAGCCCUGAUGGUGAAUCCGAAGAGAUCGAGUCGUAUGGUUUUCCCAGCAAUCGUAAUCGCAGCAACGAUGAUGACGUUGGAUCAAUAAUUACAACUUUAGAAGAACAGCGUUCAUUGUUGAACGGAUGUGGGGGAAGCAACGACGAUCUUUCAAAUCUCUGCGAAAUCGAAGAUUCUGAAUGCGAAGGCGAAAUGAAACCGCUGAACUAUAAGUGCGUGCAGCAAACUUCAGUCUAAGGUCGGCAGCUUGGACAUACUUAUCACAGCCAGCAUAUCAUUCUCAAUUGAACCAAAAGUGUAUAAUGGGCGGGACACUCACAUACACACAUACACACACCCUAAACACACGUUAGUAAUAACACUAAGGACUAUUAAUGUAAGGUUUGUAGAAUUUGUAUAUAUACAUAUGAUAUCUAUGAAAAUUCGGACUACAAGGGUCGUGUUGACGACUGUUCAUUUCAUCACCAACAGUUUAAGCAUUGAUUUUCUUUCAAAUGAAAUGUUUCUACAAGAGCAUGCACGCAUUCGUGGUCCGAGGAGCCAUUUAAAACCGAAAUCGCAAAACUCGAAUGUGCCUAUACAUAAAAUGAUAUUAAUAUUAUUGUUAAGAAUGAUAUAUGAAUAUUUUAAGUGCGGGGGCGGAUAAUGCGCAGCAGUUCAAUCCAUUGAGUUCAACCGACUUGAAUUUUAUAUGCCUAGUUUCGAUCAUUCAUAUACUGAUUUAAGUGUGAAUUGUGAUUAUUUAAGUUAUUCCGUGACAUUGAUUUUGAUGUUAUUAACUGUAGUUUAGUUUAGUAUUUUUUAAUUAAUAUCAUGUAAAUUGAUGCCAUCACUUGAUUAAAUUUUCUAUGCGUCUAAAACAAUAAUAAUAA